AUGGCCGCCCCGAACCUAGCCCCCUCAGCGCCUGAGUCGAUCGACCCGUUUCCGGAUAACCUCUCCUUCUUUGACUUUAAUGCGGAGGACGACGGCCCCGCGGGCGAGGCCAGCCCUGACGCGAGUGAGGACGAGUUCGACGAUCCCGCGGACGGGGUUCCUCGUGCUACCUCGCUAAGUCUAUUAGAUAGCGAAGCCGACGGCUUUAGUAAUGACGAUGCCGUCGAUAUUGCGGCGGAGGAGUCACUACGGUCCCUCCCUAAGGAGACGACUAUCCGCCCGACCGAGGACGAGAGCUCGGGCGAGAGUGAAAUAGAGGAGGACGACGAGGAUAUAGGGGACGAGGAGAGUGAAGGUGGCGAUAAUAAUAGCGCGUCGCCUACUACGCCUAGUCCUCCUACUCGGCCGAGUCCUGACGAUGAGGAACUUCAGUACGAGUUAGAGAUCAAGUAUAUCCUUACCUAUAUCAGCUCUAUUUCCUACGCCCUCGCGGUCGACGUCCAUUACCUCGAUGGGUCCUACGCGCCCGAUGUCGCCCGCGAGUAUUACGGGGCGCGCGACUACUCCUUCUACCCCCUCGCCUUCUACCCCGCCUACGGGAACUUCUCCUCGACCCGGCUACCGGCGUUUCUCGUUAAUAACGUCCUUACGUUCUUCUUCUACGAGCCGGACGAGUAUACGCACCUCCUCUACUCCUUCCGUCCGGCCGUCUUUCCUGGCGUCCUAGCGACCUACGCCUAUAUCUUCGAUACCGCGCUCGGGGAGCUUCACCGUCGGAUCGACGGUCGGAAAGCCGACGGUGUGGACAUUACGCUCGCCGAGGGCGUCGCGGCGAUCGACCGCCUCGAAAGCUACUGCUUUACGGGCUUCCCCCGCUCCCUUAUCGCCUCGGUUAUGAAACCCCUCUAG